AUGGCCUACGAGGUCCCGCAGCAGGGCACUUUGAAGCGCAAGCGGAGAAGACGCGAAGACAAACCAGCCAUUUCAGCACGGUUAUACCUCGACAGCAGCUUCAAGGGAGAGAUUGGCGUGCUUUCAGAGGAUCUCGUCAAGGAUCUCUUUCCAGAGAUCAAAUUCGCAUCAGAAGGCUUCCACGCAGCUCUAACACCAUGGACACCAAAUCCCUCCGCGGCCGAGUCCAAGUGGACGAUCCUCCCCUUCCGAGCUCAAGGACCAAACGAGAAGCCUUUGCCUACUUCGACAAUCCGAUUUCCUGCCUCUGCUGCUGGUACGCAGAGCUUCGUCCGAAUCGUCCAGCUCCUCUCGCCAACCAAAACUCUCCGGCAGAACAGCGCGGUGGAGGUCAAGAUCAGUGAUGUGGUUCCUCUGGCGCUGGACACCGUCUUCGUGUCUGUAGACGUCGACGCUGUGCAGAGACUGGACGAGGCGAGCAAGAGAUAUAGUGGUGGUGCCGUCGCCAAUAAUCAGACGCAAGGUGCGAGGAGACCUGGCAAAUUGAGGAUCGGUCUGUUGAGAGAGGCUGUACAAAAUGUGCAAGUCGUUCAUGUGGAUGACUUCCUGCCCAUACCGCUCUCGCACCCGCUCACUCACACGACCGCACCGCCGGCCAAGAUACUGUCGUGCGAGCCGGUGUCGCAGGGUGUGAUCACCUCGACGACCAACAUUGUGGUGGUUCCGACCUCGGACAAUAAGCGAUCCAAAACGUACAGCAACAAGCCCAUGCUGUCGCCGCGGCUCGACGAAGAUUCUGGAGAAGAGGAGGACACGGGUAAUGAAGCCUUCUACUCGGCCACGGAGGAGAGCUAUCCAGCCAAGCCCGUGGUGACUUCGAAGUCAGUCACGGACAUGUCCAACACGGAUGAUUUCAAUGACUCGAGCGCUGAGGAGAGCAAUCUUUCGGACGACUCCGAUGACAUGAUUUCAUUGGCGAAGCCAGGACUGACAGAGGGACCAUCCGGGCUGACUUCCGCUUUGACCUCUGCUACUCCGCGACCGCUUGGGAGUCGCACCACUGGCAUUGGCACGCCGGGGUCUGUGUUCUCCAAUUUGACUUCUACCACUAUCCGAGGAGGACACUCUGUGCGUAGCAAGGUGUUCCGUGUGCAGGGACUGUAUGAACGUAUUCCGAAUGAAAUGCUGCAUCCGAAGCCACCAGUCGACGAGGAUGAAGAGGCGCGAGUAUAUGUGGAUGCAACUGCGCUGGCUAGGCUGGGAUGCUUUUCUGGCGACUGGGUCCGGAUUGAGCCUGCCCAGAGUACCGUGCUUCCUCUGAUGAGUGCGUUCGAAGGUCUGGCCGAUGAUUCUGAGCAAGUCUGGCGUCCUGCGAAGGUAUAUACGCUCCCGGAGGGCAUGUCAAAGAGACCACCUCGAUAUCCGGUCAGCUAUGGCCGCAACCGCAGGGACAGCAUUUCUUCUUUGGCGACCAACACGAAUUCUUCGACGGCAGCGACGAUGUACCUCUCACCUGUCUUGCUUGCCAAUCUGAAAGAGCCGACCAACAUCAGCAUGUCCGCAAUGCCGAAGAAGCAAAAGCCAAGCUUGAAGCGACCAAUCACUCCACGCCCUGGAUCUUCGGGUGUGCUUCCGCCUACCGCGUCUGAAGUCACGUUGAGAAAGAUCGUCACGCCAAUCUCGACAGAAAGGUCGUUGAACAACACUUUGUAUGCGAAUCUCAAGCAGUACUUCGAAGAAAGGCAGCGAAUCGUCAAGCCGGGAGAUGUCAUUGCUAUCCAGAUCGAUGAGUCCUUGGGUCGAUCUAUCUACGAGGGCGAAGUUGAGCAGGACGGCAGCAGUGCAGGAGCUCUGUUGUCAUACAUGGGCGGAUCCGAGAACACCUCUCGUGGGACCCACGCUCUGAAGAAUGUAGCCUGGUUCCUUAUCGAAGACAUCAACGUUCCACAAUCCGACGACUUUGACGCACCCGAUGCCGAGACAUGGGGCAACGCAGCCUCGAUCGAUCCUACGCAGAUGACCAUGCGCCAGUCCGGGGAUGAUAGACGCAGACUUCCGCAGGCCUCUUCUAGCACCUGGCAAUACUACCUCGGCGUGAGAAGAAUGCAGCCGAAACAGGUCUCCGCCAGCUCUCCAACAGGCAUGCCGGAAGCCGCUCCGCCGUACAUCUCACCCUUGCAGCGGCGGCUGAGAGAGCUGAUCUCAGUGUCGAUCAGUCCUCGUGCGGUACAUUUGGGUAUGCCACCGUUGACUGUGCUUAUCACCUCGACGCAGCGCAAUAUUGGCAAAGCUCGCACCGUUGAGAAAGCCUGUGCUGAUCUAGGGAUCCACUACUUCUCCGUCAAUGCUCACGACAUCGUUUCUGAAGGUGGAUCUGGCGUAGAUGUACAAGCUGCUGGGCUUCUUGAAGCCCGCUGCGAGAGAGCAAUGGACUGCGGAACUGACUUCACUGCCAUCUGCAUUACUCAUUUGGAAGUCUUGAACGCUGAGCGGGCAGCUGCAUCGUUGAAAGGCGUGUUGGAGACAUGCCGGGUGCUGAUCGCGACAACGACCGAUCUUGACAAAGUCCCUGAUUCCGUUCGCGGCUUGUUCACGCACGAAUUGGAGAUGUCUGCACCGGACGAGGGCGAAAGAGAGGGGAUUCUACGAGACGUGGUGACCGAAUCAGGAAUCCCACUCGCAUUGGACGUAGAUCUCAGCUCGAUCGCAGUCAAGACUGCCGCCCUAGUUGCAGGAGAUCUCGUAGACGUUGUCGAUCGUGCCAUCGUGGCCAAAGCCGAGCGAUUGGAAUCUCUCGCAUCCACCAAAUCCGGGUCCAGCAAAGGCGCCAUCACAGUCAAAGACAUCCAGCUGUCUGGUGGAGCGGGCGCAACAUCCGUCAUACCAGCCGACUUUGACGCUGCUGUCGACCUCGCACGCAAGAACUUCGCCGACGCCAUUGGUGCACCCAAGAUUCCAAACGUACAAUGGUCCGACGUCGGUGGUCUCACCAAUGUCAAAGACGCCGUUAUCGAAACCAUACAACUUCCCUUGUCCCGUCCGGAGCUCUUCGCCAAAGGCCUCAAGAAACGUAGCGGUAUCCUCUUCUACGGCCCACCCGGUACUGGCAAGACGCUUCUCGCCAAAGCCAUCGCCACGGAAUUCAGCCUCAACUUCUUCUCAGUCAAAGGACCCGAAUUGCUCAACAUGUACAUCGGAGAGUCGGAAGCGAACGUCCGUCGUGUGUUUCAACGUGCCCGCGACGCGAGACCUUGUGCUGUAUUCUUCGAUGAGCUGGACUCUGUUGCGCCAAAGCGUGGAAAUCAAGGUGAUAGUGGUGGUGUGAUGGACCGUAUUGUCUCGCAAUUGCUGGCAGAAUUGGAUGGCAUGAGUGAUGGAGAUGAGAAUGGCGGUGGGGUCUUCGUCAUCGGCGCUACGAAUCGACCGGAUCUGCUUGAUCAGGCUCUUCUCCGUCCUGGUCGUUUCGACAAGAUGCUGUAUCUUGGCAUCAGCGACACUCAUGAGAAGCAGGCGACCAUUCUGCAGGCUCUGACCAGAAAAUUCACCCUCGAUCCGACCCUUUCGCUCUCGCGAGUAGCACAGACCCUUCCAUUCACCUUCACCGGUGCCGACCUCUACGCUCUCUGCUCGGACGCCAUGCUCAAAGCCGUAACGCGCUCUGCUCGAUCUGUCGACGCCCGCGUAGCCUCCAUCAACGCCGCCCGCGCCACCCAAGGACAGAGCAAGAUCUCCGUCGCUUAUUACUUCGACCACCACUCCACGCCUGCCGAUACUGAUGUCUUGGUUACAGAAGAGGACUUUAUCCGAGCCAAGGGCGACUUGGUGCCGAGUGUCAGCGUGGAUGAAUUGAGACACUACGAGACUGUGCGGGACACAUUUGAAGGCAAGACAGGAAAGAAGGCGGAGAAGAAGGCGAUCGAAGGACCGCAAGUACGGGAGCAAAACGGCACGAACGCUCCAAUCCGUCUUCCCACACCAUCGAAUGGCACUGGAGGCCCGCGGGUAGUCGUGCAGGGAAAGGCAAGGGCAAAAUGA